UUAAGGAUGACGGAAUUCCUUUUGCAAUGUCAGAUGUCUCUUGCAAUGGAAAUGAGCCAGAACUUGCAUCUUGUGCUCGUAUUGAUGGCAAAGUUAAGAUCUCACCUCAAUGUUUAUCAGAUGGCAAGGGUUCUCAGGCGUUGUGUCAACCAAAGAACAAAAAAGUGUUGGACACAAAAGAACUCUAUUUUGAUAUUGACAGUAAUGAAAAGCUUCAAUGCUCAGUAAAUAAUGAAACCAGUUAUACAGGAUGGUUCAUUAAUGGUGUAAGGCAAAUCCCAAACUCUACGUCUCAAAGAAUCAGGAUUGAAAAAAGUGGUGAACUGUUCAUUGAUAAAGUGCAGUUGUCUGAUGCAGGACUAUACGAAUGCUCCAGAUUGGAAUAUGUUGAAUAUUACAUUGUCUACGUUAAUGCAAAAUUUACUGAGGACACGCCAAACCAACAAACUAUGACUGCGGGAAAAAAAGGUACUAUAAGGUGCAGUGCCGAGGGAAAGCCAAGGCCACAGAUAUCUUGGAGGAAGAAAGAUGGAAAGCCCUUAAGCAAAGGACGAUUCACUCCAGUAUCCAAUGGCAAUCUACAUAUUAGCCGUGUAAAGCCUGAAGAUGAUGGGACAUUCAUUUGUAGAAUGAAACAAACUAAGGGACCAAAGAGGGUCACAAGCCGUGAUAAAAACAUAAAAGUGACAGUUAUAGUUCGACCAAAAGUGGAUAUUUCAGGAGCAAGCAAUCUCAUCAUAGAGGGAAACAGUGUGAACUUGACGUGUGAAAUUGUGGUUGGUCGGCGUGAGACUGAGAUAACGUGGCUUAAGAAUAAUACUUUGCAGGAAAAGGGUUGGUCUCUCCUUUUCCCUAAAAUAAAAAAGAGCGACGAAGGGCAGUACACUUGUAGAGCAGAGAAUGACGCUGGAAAAGAUACCAAACACGUUAACAUUUCUGUUAAGGUUCCACCCCGUAUAAAGCUUGAGUUCAAGAAUGUUAACAUUGAGCUUCACUCGACGUUUAUUAAAAAGUGUAACUGGAGUGGUGAUCCAGAAGUACAUGUCAACUGGACUAAGGAUGGAGUGCUUCUUAGUACCAACAACACCUUGGCCAUUAGACGUGCGACCUUUAAAGAUAAAGGCCUUUAUGAAUGCACUGCUCAAAAUAAUUAUGGCAAAGCUAACGCCUCCUUCUGGAUCGAUGUUACCGAAGAAGAAGUUCCAAGAGCCAUUCAAGGUUCCAAUUCUUUGUGGUAUUACAUUGGUGGAUUAGUGGCGGUGGUGAUUGUCAUUUCGCUGAUUGCCUGCUUUUUCUGCAAGCGUCGAAGGACAGCUAUGGCUCUCCCUGAUCAAGAGCAGGCAAUUCAGAUGGAGCCAUUGAAUGUAGAGGUAGAUGAAUGGGAGAUUGAGGUGAGCCGUGUCCUGCUUCAAGAAGUCAUUGGGCGAGGGGCGUUCGGAGCCGUAUGGAGAGCUCUCCUGAGUUCACCGAAUGGAAGGCCUGGAAACCGAACAGUCGCCGCUAAAUGCUUCACGCCCACUGCUGGAGAGGAGGGAAGGAAAUGUUUGAUGAGAGAAAUUGAGCUGGGAAAACUUAUCGGUGAAAACAAUCAGCCAAACAUUGUAAAGUUCAUGGGCUGCGUUACAACUCAAAUUCACCCAAUUCUCAUCAUGGAAUACAUGCCAUGCGGUGACCUACUUGGUUACCUGAGAAAAUGCCGAGGAGUCAGGGACCGGUAUUAUCUUGGUGAGGGAAGGGCUCAAGAUUUGACCAACUACGAUCUUGUGAUGUUUGCCAAACAAAUCGCUGCUGGCAUGGUGUUCCUUGGAUCGAGAGGGAUCAUUCAUCGUGACCUUGCGGCCCGAAACGUUCUCCUCGAUAACAACUAUGUUUGCAAAGUGACCGACUUUGGCAUGGCAUAUCAAAGCUUUAAAUAUGGCCAUGGAAAUGCCAAAAAGGGAUGUUUGCCAAUCAAAUGGACUGCACCAGAAAUUCUGCUGGGAAACCUCGCUGGACGUUCCACUUUGAGUGAUGUGUGGUCCUAUGGAAUCGUUCUGUAUGAGAUAGUUACCCUUGGAGGAAUUCCAUACGAUGGAUGGUCAGAAGGCAGGGUGGUUGCAGAGGUCACAAAAGGAUAUCAGCUGCCAAAGCCUGAUCAUAUUGAUAAAAAACUGCAUGAUAUGAUGAAACGGUGCUGGAAUUUUAACCCUGACUUCCGUCCUCCAUUUGAAAACCUGCGACAAAGAAUGGACAAAUACAUUCGUGAAGAGACAUAUGAGGAACUACUUAAUCUGGGAGCUUAUGACAAGAAAAAAUACUCCAGGGUUGAAGAUCUUGGAGAUGAAGAUGCUGGACAGAGUGAGGAAGUUGCAAAGAAGGUUGCUGCUAAAAGAUUGGGAAAAUGGUCCAGUGCUCGCCGUUAGGGUACCUUUCCGUCACCUUUCAGUGCUAAACUAUGCGUGAUGACAGCGAUGAUUUUAAGGUCUUUCCAUGUUAAAGAAUCAAGUGAUAUCUUUGUUUUAGAUAAUAAUUCAUUAAGUUAAUUGUUUAAAGAUAAAAAUAAUUAAUCAAUUCAGUUGGAUUCAGAGUACGAGAACUUGGGUAGAUAUUACUUAAGUUUCCUUCGCUGAUUAAAACAGGAUAGAAAGAGAUAAAAUAACAUCCAAACAAUCAAAAACAAAACAACAAAGACAACUUGAGAAGCGGCCCGUUUAUACUCUUUAAAUUUGCAAGCUGUUGCAGUGAAAACAUUCCGCCGUAAAAUUUUUUUGUAGCAAAUCUGGAAGGGAAUACUCCCAAGGAUAUUUGAAAUUUGGUAAUUUUUUUGUAGUUUGGUAUUGGAUUAGUAGUGUGGUAUUAAUUACCAUUGAAGUAUCCCGUAUGCCGAUAUUAUUGACUCCGUAACUGAUGUCCUUUAAUUGAAAUGCAUUUUGCUCUCAUAUUGCUUUGUUUAACUUUCGAGCCAUUGCUAUUUGAAAACAAUUGACUGCAUUGAUAUUUAAAUUUAUUGCUUUGCUUUAAGUUUUAAAGGCUUUUGUCGUAAACGGAGAGAACCGUCUUAACAGAGUGAGUAAAUUUAGAUUACUAAUUUUCUUAUGUGGUUUCGGUUCGUACGAGAAAAAAAGGGAACGCUUAUGAGGAGCGUUCGUUUUGGUAGACAGACAACUUUGUCGUGGUAAAACGGAAUUCUUAUUUGAAAACUGAAUGGAUGUAGAUCAUGUAUAUGUAUGAGCGUUUAUUUCUGUACUCUACAAAAAUCACACAAAGAAAACUGUAUUUAGUGUUAUGUCACCCCAUCUAUUUAAUAUCUGCAAUUAAAAGGUUAGAAGCAUA